AUGACUCUUGGAAGCUCUGAUGUCGAUGCAUUUGCCUCACAUCUCCUCAGGGGAAAUCUUCAUGUACAAAUCUCCGCAAUUCAUGAUGUAGGGCAUUGUGAGGGAGCUUAUCAAUGUGCCGUUGGGAUGAGUCCUCUGGGAGAUCUGGAAGAAUGCAAGGUUGCCGAGUUGUGGGGGCUCCACGCCCUCGAGCGUUGUUUCUCAGCGCAGCCAUUCAUGUCGGUGCAAUUCCUACAGCGUGCCAUGGCACUGCUCCGCUCGCUGCACUCUCACCUGACCCAUCUCGUUCAUAAGCUACACCUUCCCGGCGGUGACAAGUGGCUCGACGAAUAUAUGGAUGAGAGCUCCCGCCUCUGGGAGGCCUCUCUCGUCCUCAAGCUCGGCCUCUCAAGCAUGGAGUCCUAUUGUGCUGCAGCAGCCAACAUCAUCACAUCCCUCGACAACAGGCACCUCUCGCCUUCUCCCCUCCUCACCCGCCAGGUGAUGCGGGCUAUUUCAAACUCGAGGAGGGAAGCUGCUGGGCUUGAAGAAGAGAACCGGGUGUUGGUGGAGAAUAGAGUGCGCCCGCUGGCUCUCCAACUCGAUGAGAGGGUCCGUUCAAUGGAAUCCAAGCUCCACGGCUUCAACGGAUUCAGGGGAGUCCUCUACGCCAUGAGGAAUGUUAGCUCCUUCAUCCUCAUAAUUCUCCUAUGGGGCUCCGUUUCGUACUGGCCGGACCCGAGUUUGGGUUGCCGAGGUGCUCCCGCCGAAUGCACGCUCUUUUAUGGCUCCGGGUUCAUGGUGUCUUUGGCGAGGCUGCAGCACCGUUUGCUCGGGGCGAUGGAGGGAAUGGAAGACCGAAAGGGGAUUCUGAUGCACGAGCUCCGGCAGGCGAGGGCCGCCACUGAGGAACUCUGGGAGAUGGAGAGAUCCGGAGGUUUGAUGGGAUGCUGUGAGCUUGAUGCCGUUGCAGGCGGGCCGGCGUGGGAGAGAGUGGAGAGGUUCAAAUGUUGGUUUGGUUUGCUGAGGUCCGGAACGGAGAACCUUGUGGGUCAGCUGGAUGACUUCUUUGAAGAGAUCGUUGAAGGGAGGAAGAAGCUCUUGGAUUUGUGCAGUCACAGAUAG